AUGGGCAUAAAUUUUUUCAUUAUUUCCUCUAUCCUAACCUCAACAUUCUUCUUAUUCUUCUUUGUUGUUUACAUUCCAACCAAAAAACUAAGCACACCAAUAACCUCAAACAUUUUCCCUCAAAAUCCAACAAUCCAAAACUUCAACAUCUCAAACACAAACAAAACAUAUCCAAUCACUUUCGCAUACUUAAUUUCAGGCUCAAAAGGAGACUCCAUGAAGAUCAAAAGAUUGUUGAAGGCUUUGUAUCAUCCAGGAAAUUACUACCUAAUUCAUAUGGAUCAUGGUGCACCAAAGAAAGAUCAUAGAGAUUUGUUUGAAUAUGUGAGCAAUGAAGGUGUUUUUGGUGAAGUUGGAAAUGUUUGGAUUGUGAAAAAAAGCAAUUUUGUUACAUAUAAAGGUCCAACUAUGCUUUCUACAACUCUUCAUGCAAUGGCUAUUCUUCUUAGGAGAUGUCAAUGGGAUUGGUUUAUUAAUCUUAGUGCUUCUGAUUAUCCUUUGCUAACACAAGAUGAUCUGAUCCAAGGCUUUUCUGGGGUGCCAAAGGAUAUUAAUUUCAUUCACCAUAGCAGUCAUUUGGGUUGGAAAUUCAAUAAGAGAGGGAAGCCAAUAUUUAUAGAUCCAGCCCUUUAUAGCAAAAAGAAAUCAGAGAUUUGGCAGGUUAGUAAGCAGAGGAGUCUUCCAACAGCUUUUAAACUCUACACAGGUUCAGCUUGGACAAUGCUAUCAAGAUCUUUUGUUGAGUAUUGCAUCAUAGGCUGGGAAAAUUUGCCAAGAACCCUACUUCUCUACUACACAAAUUUUGUGUCAUCACCAGAAGGAUAUUUCCAAACAGUUAUAUGCAAUUCUAAACACUACAAAAACACAACAGCCAAUAGUGAUCUACACUACAUUACUUGGGACAAUCCUCCAAAACAACAUCCAAAAUCUCUAACACUCAAAGAUUAUAAGAAAAUGGUUUUGAGCAAUCGUCCAUUUGCUAGAAAGUUCAAGAAAAAUGAUAGCGUGCUUGAUAAAAUUGAUAGAGAGCUUCUGAGAAGAAAUCGAGGACAAUUUUCUUAUGGAGGAUGGUGUUCAUCAUUGUCACAAGGUGGAAAGUACAGAUCAUGUCAUGGUUUGAAAAUUGAGAAUUAUGGUGUUCUUAAACCUAGUUUGGCCUCAAAAAAGUUGAAAAGUAUGCUCUCAAAUAUUCUUUCAUUUAAGAAUUUUCAUAAACAACAAUGUCGAUAA